UCCUAUAAAUACCCAUCCCCACUUCCCCACUUUCUCCACACCUCCGAAUCUUCAAUCUUCCCUGUUCUUCAAGCAACCGUCCCCAUGGCCCUUGCCACCGCUUCGCUCGCCUUCCUCUCCUUCUUCGUCCUUUCCAUUUCCGCCCUGAACCAGCGGAGCGACGGCGAGGUUCGAGAAAUCUACGACAUGUGGCUGGCGAAGCACGGCAAGGCCUACAACGGAAUCGAAGAACUGGAGAAGAGGUUUCUGAUCUUCAAGGACAAUCUCAACUUCAUCGAUGAGCACAAUUCCCAUAAUCGGACGUAUACUGUUGGAUUGAACAUGUUUGCUGAUUUGACCAACGAGGAGUAUCGGGCUGCGUUUUUGGGGACUAGGUCUCAACCUGCUCGCAGAGUCAUGAAGGCCAAGAGCGCCAGCCGCCGAUACGCCGUCAACGACGGUGAUCGGUUGCCGGAAUCCGUCGAUUGGAGGACUAAAGGUGCCGUUGCUCCGAUUAAAAAUCAAGGAAGUUGCGGGAGCUGCUGGGCAUUCUCGACCAUAGCAGCUGUGGAAGGAAUAAACCAGAUCGUCACAGGAGAACUCAUCUCUCUCUCGGAACAAGAGCUUGUUAGCUGUGACACAAAGUACAAUUCAGGCUGCAAUGGAGGCCUUAUGGACUAUGCCUUCCAGUUCAUCAUUGACAAUGGAGGUUUGGACACCGAGGAAGAUUAUCCUUAUGAGGGCUUAGAUGGACAAUGCGAUCCGACAAGGGAAAAUGCCAAGGUUGUUAGCAUUGAUGGCUACGAGGAUGUCCCUGCCAAUGACGAGGAAGCGUUGAAGAAGGCUGUUGCUCAUCAGCCAGUGAGUGUCGCCAUUGAAGCUAGUGGCUUGGCCUUACAACUUUACCAGUCGGGUGUAUUUACUGGUAAAUGUGGCUCGGCUCUCGACCAUGGCGUGGUGGCCGUUGGAUAUGGAACAGAGAAUGGAGUUGAUUAUUGGCUUGCAAGGAACUCAUGGGGCACAGGAUGGGGUGAGGAUGGCUACUUCAAGCUAGAGCGCAAUGUGAAGCAUACUACCGACGGGAAGUGUGGGAUUGCAAUGGAGGCUUCUUACCCUGUUAAGAAUGGCAACAACAAUAACCCAACAGGAUCAUAUUUAGGUUUGGAACUUGGUGGAGACAAGAACAAGAUCAGCAGUGCUUGAAUUUAACAUCAAGGCAGUUGAAAGAUGGUUACUUCUAGUUUUAUGUUUUAAUUCCUGUUGGUCUGAAGUUAGGCCUAUUGCUAUACCUACAAAUCUAAAAGUGUUGGUAACUGAUUGGACAUCAAUGUUCCUUCACAAGUUAAUGAUAUGUGUGGUAUCAAAGAUGGAGUUUGUUAA